AUGUUGGAAUCCUGCCCCGAGGCUAAACUUUUACCUUUUAAGCUUCCAAAUUCUCCAAUUGUCGACAUAUCCUUCACUGAUCAAAAACAAAUUGAAUUAAUUUUGGCAAUUAUUGAAGCCAAAAAACGUAUUAUGCAUUCAUUUAAUAAUUUGGAUGAUAGUAUAUUCCUUAAAGGCCCGAUUUUGUUUGAAGAAAUAAUUUUAUCUAAUAUAAAUAUUUUUAGUCUAAUUGACAAUCUUUCGCAAAGCUCAAAUCCAAUAUCAUUUGGGGAAUUAAAUUGUCGGGAAUUUUCAGUACAAAAUGAAAGCAUGCAAAACCAACUUUGUCACAAAUAUUUUUUAGUUGACAGAUUCGUGUGUUUUGGUAUAGCUAAAUCUAUGCCUGUUUUUGAUAAAUUGACUUUAUCUGAUCAGGUAUAUAAUUAG